CACUACCCUAUAAACAUUGGCCAAAAACUCUUUUGAGAGUCUUUCGUAAAUUAUUCUCGUUCUUGCAAACGAGGAUAUCGCGCAAAUCUUCACCAUCUUCCGAUUCCUGAAAAGAUAGCAGGCAGCACAAACACAUCAAUGAAUGACACCAUCCAUCCGCACUCAUAGGUCGCAUCACAAGACUAAUUCUCCCCCGCACACAAAAAUAUCUCAUGACCCCAUCAAUUUUCGGAAAUACAAGUCUUUGUUCGUUGCUUCAUCCGCCAGUUGAGAGAUUAGGUAAGAGUUGGUUACAUUUUUAAUGUUUUUUCUUCAUGUAAACACGAAUUUUAGUUUGCAAAUAGUAAAUCCUAUCCUAGCUCUAUCAGUAAGAAAAAAAUCUAAAAUUGCAAAUAUGUAACUUGACAAUGGUUGUCACGCGGGCCGGCGUGCCACUGGUUGAACCUAUACCAAUCAUAAAACCGGCAUGACACUACAGGUAUGACCGGCAUGAUCGAUAUACGAAUCUUCAAGUAAAAAUAAUCUUACCUUAGUGAAUUUAAUUGAUAAAAAGUAAUUUAUUAUUUAUUUUAUGGGUUAAAAAGUUAAAUGUUAAUGUUAUUUGUUGGAUCCAAGUACAAAUAUUUAGGUAUUGACGUUAAAUGUCGUGUUUAAAUAUGAGUAUUUAUAAAUUAUUUGUAAUAUUAACCGGUAUAAACCGGCACAAACCGAUACGUACCACCGGUCGAACCAUUCCACUUGCUAAACCGGCACACUAGCAUAAACCGGUUUGACAACCUUCCUUAACAUUGAUCACUGAUUUGCUUAUUCCGAAACUUCCAGGCGUUACAGUCUGCAAUUAUGUUCCUAGUUUUCUUUUUCCGACGGGACCAAGAAGCAAAAUUCCAAUUUCUCCAUCGUAAAGAACGCGCCCCAAACCCCAGUUCCCGCAAUUUCCAAACCAUUGACUUCUUCUUCCUCUCUCCAUUAAAUUCCACCCUUCUCCUUGACAGAUCUCGCUUCAAGCACUGAUCCCCUUUCCCCUCAAUCAGAAAAAAAAAAUGGAGCGAACCACUUUAGAGAUCAACUUGAUCUCCGCCCAACGCCUCAAGAGCGUCAAUCUGAUCUCCAAGAUGGACGUGUACGCCGUCGUUUCCAUCUCCGGCGACCCCUCCAAUCAGCCCGUCAGGACCCCUGUCGCCGGAGGCGCCAGCCCCACCUGGAACUUCCCGAUCAGGUUCGCCGUCGACGGGGCGGCGGCGGAACAGGAUGAUCGCGUCAGCCUCGUCGUCAAGCUGCGAUGCGAGCGCGCCUUGCUCGGCGACAGGGACGUAGGCGAGGUCGUCGUCCCGAUCAAGGAGCUCUUGAUCGGCGGAGGAGGAAAGGGUGGUAUGAAGUUCGUCAGCUACCAGAUCCGCCGGCCUUCGGGGAAGCCCGGCGGCGAAUUGAACUUCUCGUACAAAUUGGGCGAGAAUUCGGGUUCCGCCGCCGCGGCGAAAUUGGAGGGUAAUAAGUCCGAUGAGCCGGUCACCGCCUAUCCCGCUGCGGCGGUGGGUACGAGUACCAGCUUCGGCGGUGGGUACCCGCCGGUGAAUUCGGGCUACGCUGCCUAUCCUCCUCCGCCGCCGCCGCAGCAGUAUGUCGGUUACCCUUCGGUGGCUCCAGCGGGUUACGGGUACUACCCGCCGCCGCCUCCGGGUGGGUACGGGUACCCGCCGGGUCAGCAAGCUGGGUACGGGUAUCCGCCGGGUCAGCCAGCCGGGUACGGGUACCCGCCGCCGGUGGUUGUGCAGCCGCAGCAGCAACAGAAGAAGAAGAACAAGUUUGGGAUGGGAUUAGGGGCGGGAUUGCUGGGAGGAGCGAUUGGUGGGCUUUUGAUCGGAGAUAUGGUGUCCGACGUCGGGGCUUAUGAUGCCGGGUACGAUUCCGGGUUCGCCGAUGCCGGAGGAUUCGACUUCUAGAAUUGUGGGUUUCUUCACUUUCUUGUAUGUGUAAGUUUGGUUGUAGAUUUCAAGAGUUUGGUAAAUGUCGUCGUCUCCAAUGUAACACAUUCUAGAACUUGUGUUGUGAAAUGGCUUUCUUGUAAUUUGGCCUUUCAAUAAACUCAAAUACGGGCGUUGGUGAAUCGAAAUCGAUCAACAAGCAAAAAUUUAGUAUUGAGUAGUACUACUUCAAGUAUCUCAAUAUUCAUAUAGAUCCAAUACCGUCAACUAAAGAUAUUAAAUACAUAUGCUUCUAUUUAUGAUUAAACAUCAAGCUAAAUUAACUUAAGUCAAUGGCUAAGAGGCAGCUUAACAUAUAUCUUAAUAUCUCUUUAAGAAAAGCUACACAAGCCUUCAAUCAAAUAUAUGAAAAUAUUUGGGAAACAUAUAAUAGACCAGUCCCACCAUCCCUCAGAUUAGGGAUGGCAAUUUCGACCUUACUCGUUUUACCCGACCUGUUUGACCUGUUUUGGGCGGGUCCGACCCGCCCUGUAGGCGGGGCGGGGCGGGCAUGGGUAGUCUCAUCGACCCGACCUGCCUUGACCCGCCCCAUUCUCAACCCGUUCUUGUCUAAAUUACAUGUAAUCUUAGUCAAAUUACUUAGGAUUUUCCUUUUAUUGCAUCAUAUUUUAGCUAUAAUAAAGUUGUAAAUUAGUGAAAACCUCAAUUUCUCCAAUAAUUUAACUACAAUUGUCAUAAUAUUGUUUGUUUUCUUAGUCUUAUAAUAAAAAUAAUGAAUAUUUCUAAUAUUUUUCAUAUAAAUUGCAUACCCAUUGGGUCGACCUGCCCCGACCCGUGACCCGUGAUCAAUUACCCGACCUGGACCCGACUUGCCACGGAGCGGGUCUGGGUACCAAGAAAUCCGCCCCGGACCUGCCCCAUUGCCAUUCCUACAUGAGAUAAAGGCUCUCACUUAGAAUUGAAUAUGUAAUAGGGCUGUAAUGAUCCGAGGCAAGUUUUUCUAUGGUUUAGGUUUGUCUCGUUAAAAUAAUUCCAAACUCGAACUUGGUUCAAGUUCGACACGAGUAUUAAUAGACAAGUUCGAACUCGGCUCGUCAACUGAGCUUAGCAAACAAGCAAAACACCAGUUUAGCUGACAAAAUGUCGAUCGUAGCUCUAGCUCGAGCUCGAACUUGGCUCACAAGACACCAACAACAAACAUUUAAAGGCUUUCGAGCUUGUUUGCGAUCGAGCUGAACAUGUCAUGGUACGAGCUCGACUCGUUUAUAGACAAGCUUGUUCGCUAGCCAGCUAAGUUAAAAACGAGUUACAUGUCGAACAAAUUUUAUCGAAUCGAACGUCGAAUCGUUCACGAGCGGCUUGAUUCAUUUACAACCUAUAUACAAGUCAAAACAUAAGCAAAAUGGUAGUAACAAAACAUUAUAUUACAA